AUGUCAGUCGGUGUAGUUUCAACCCUCUCUCAAUCUCUUCGAAUGAUGCGGUCCUAUGAAGCGAUGUUGCACCUACGUCGACUCCGUCUGGAACAGGAAUUACAUCGCUCAGACGUGUGGUCGCGUUGUCAUCCGUUGGCCCCAGAUCCUAGCCACCAACAACUCCCACCAUGCGAGCAGCGACGGAACCAAAAGAAAAUUAUUUUUCCUGUGCCGGCUUCACGAUUAAAUCAUAACUUUCGUAGCCAGUGCUCAAGGUUCGUUCAACCUAGCCCUCCAGUCCAGGGCAAACGAUGUGUCCGUCAUCGACGCAGCGGUUCUAGUUUGAGUGCGGGCUGUGCCAUAGCGGCCACUACCUCUGCUGUGACUUCUUCAUGUUCACUUUCAUCCUUCACGUCGAGUCGUAUUAUCUGUAAUAAUGUACUCACUUCUACUCCAUCAUCCCCAUCAUUUUCACGAGCACAGCUGAUCCCAUCUACUGCUGGCUUUUAUGCCUCAGAGAACCUCGAUCGUCCUGAGUCCACGGCUCGUAAUACUUUAGAUGACGAUGAGGGAGAUGAAUCUUCGAGACAAGUGAGACAUGAGCAGAAUUUUCACCAGCAAGACCAUCCUCUGGAGCAAAAUAAAGGAAGCCUGACUAGCUGCACGCAGCUUUCGGAUGUAUUGAGUUCACCACUAAAUGAAGAAGAGUUCUUUGAUGCCAUUGACUCCCAGCUUGAAAGGACGGAGCGUAAGCAUUUCCCUUAA